AUGUAUAGUAAAAAUGCCAACUUUAUCAUUAACAUUUCAAAACAAAUCUUGCAUAGUGCGAAACUCCAAAACCGCCGGUGUUUCGAAGUUAAGCGAGCUACAUCGAGGCCCCUCAUUCAUUCCGCCAUGAUUCUGCCUCGAAUCACUUUACGAGAGCGAGGACGAUGGGACGACCUUGUGCUGGUAAACCUGCUUGCUAUAGGCCAGUACCAGAACACUGCAGCUGCCGGUAUAUCGCACCGAGUAAACAUGGUGUCUUUCUUUCGUCGAGGGUUACUAGCGGCACAAGAGGACAUGCCAUCACAAAAAUUGCUCAACUCAGACAAGGCCAUGUAUGGUCAUGCCUACGGUAUCAGGGCUGCCAGGUAUAUCAGCUGCCGGCCCAGUGUAAUGUAUGAAAACGCGAGUCGAUGUAGUGUAGAGUCCCUAAAAAGCAUGCAUCAGGAAGACGACGAGAAUGUUUUCAACUGCAACCACCCCCUCACGAAGCGGGCCUUUGAAGCUGCAAGCUCAUCCGCAUAUGACUGCCCUGCUGGUGUGGGGAUGCGUGCGCAAGAGGAACGACGAGGCGCAGUGGAUGAAGAGGUUGGAACUGGCACUGAGGGAGGUGGGACAGCCGGAGGAGUCGAGACUGGGACACAUUGGGUCAGCAGGCCAAAAUAUGAGGUCACACACCCACUGAGUGAGACAUGGCUACAGCACCAUCAGCGUCGAAACAUUCUGGCCAGCUAUUGA